UUGAUUAUCUUUGUUAAACAUUCCAUUCCAUUAUUUUAUAUAUAUAACACAAAAUGUCCCUGUUUUGCUCAUUGCAUAUAAUCAGUGUUGGUUCUCUGGCUCCUUGUUCAACAAAAGUUAUUUGUGUGAGUCUGUGAACGAGCGCAGCGGCAGCGACGUGUUCAAGUCAGCACAGUCAGAGAAAAAACCUGACAUCCUACCUCCAUUCAAGAAGAUCACUACUUAAACCCCCGUUUGCUUGGCAUUUAGUGUUUUUUGUGGCGUAGGACCAGCGGGAACAUUUCCAUUCAUUUUCAGGGCACGAUGUUGCUUCUGAUGCUGAUGUUGUCCGUGGUGUCAUUGGCACACAGUGAUGAUGACUUCUGUUAUAAUGAGGAGCACUGUGAUCCAUAUGCAUGGGGAGAAAACUACCCCUCUUGCCAUCCUCUUCUGGAGAGCCAUCACUCUCCCAUCAACCUGGACCAUCAGCUGAUGAAGAACCAAUCUUUAGACUCUCUGCACCUGGAGGGUUUUAAUUUGACUCAUAAAGGGCAAUGGUGGCUGACAAACCAGGGUCACUCUGUUGUGCUGGAGUUGGGUGACGGUAUGCAGGUGAGUGGCGGAGGGCUUCCUGGAAUCUACCGCACCAUCCAGCUGCAUUUCCAUUGGGGAAGCGUGUCUUCAAAUGGUUCUGAACACACCUUGGGCCACCUGAGAUUCCCUAUGGAGAUGCAUAUAGUCAACAUCAAAUCCACACAUCCAAAUUUGACGUCCGCGCUUGAUGACCCAACUGGCCUUGCUGUGCUUGGAGUCUUCAUCGAUGUGACAUAUUUGCACAAUGAAAACUUCCAGUCCAUCUCAAAUGCACUUCCUUCUGUCGCCUACAAAGGACAAACAAAAUCGAUCAGACCAUUUCCUUUGAUGAAUCUGUUACCUCAGAAAAACCUAACGCAGUAUUACCGUUAUCACGGCAGCCUCACAACGCCGCCCUGUUCACAGGUGGUUUUGUGGACCGUGUACGAAGUACCCACCUAUAUCUCAUGGGCUCAGUUUGAGCUGUUUGUAAAAGGGAUAUAUUCCACGGAGGAAUUAGCCGAUAAACAGGUUCAACUGCAGAACAACUACAGACACAUCCAUCCAACCUACGGUCGGCCUGUGUACGCAUCCAAAGAUGCUAAGAUGCUCACCAAUGGAGUUCCCCCCCUUGCCAUUUUUUAUAUUUUUUAUGUUCUUUUAUUUACUGGAUUUUUAAACAUUUAGUGUUAAACGUAUUGCAGAAUGGCAGUAUUAAACGUCCACUUAAAAUACUGUAUAAGAAACUUCCCAGAAAGCAUCACUGGUAGCCAGUCUAAAGACCCGUUCACAACAAAAAUUAUAACGUUCUCUUUAUUACAAGCAGCCUACAGUAAUGUGUCUGCCACUUUAAAUGCAGUGGCUGUUUAAAGACGAUAGAUUCUGAUUGGCUGCCAAUAAUUUAAUGCAAAAAAAACCCAGAAAGUGUAACAACCAUAUCCUUGCUGUGUCAUUAUCCUUAUAGCUAGUGUGUGGACAAUUCUCAUCGAAUUUGAACGACUAUUAUAACCGUAUAAUUAUUAGUUAUAUAUAAGGCCCGUUCACACCAAUGCACGUUAAAGUUCUGUUAUAUCACCUGUCGCUUUAAAUGCACAAGGUGGAUUCUAAUUGGAUGUCAGUCUAUCUAUCGUUCAUCGGCCGAUAAAUCAAUCGUUUCGGGGUUAUUCCAACGAUAACGUACCUCUGUGACUAUCGUUCUUGUUUUGGUAGACUUCGCUAUUCUCCUAACAUUAAAAACUAACUUUUUCUAGUCAUCAUCUUUUCUCUAGUUAAAUGGAAUUAUAAUCCAUUUUAAUUCACCAAGGACGACUGUGUUAAUUAUAUGUAUAUAGAAACAAAUUAUGACUGCUAUCUGAUGAGUGAUUUUCCUUAGUGGGUAUCCCCAUUUACGUAUUUCACACUGAACUUGAUCACUCAAAGCCUUUUCCCCAGUCAUACACAAAAGCCACUUUGUGGGAAUGACACCUUACAGCAGAAAGAUAAAUUUAAGGGGAGUUUAUGACCUUACAAAUGUACACCUAGACGGACCAAUAAAGUUAUUCUGUGAAAAACACAAACUUACCUCAGGAGACAAACUAUUUGAUGUAGGCUAUAUACAAUAGCUCAGCUAACAAUAGUUUGACUCAAAUGCAAAGUGUUCUUUUACAAAUGACAAAGUGUUGAAAUAAAAUGACAUUGUUAUCGGUGUGUUUUGUCUAUUUUGACUAGCUCAGUCACACACAAGUGUAUUGUUUUAGUGCUCAUACCCUUCACGUCCUGUUACUGACACUGGGGGCACUGCUCGCUCAACACAAAGAGCCCUUGUUUCUGUCUCUUUCUAGGGGACUAGGUUUGCUAAUCUGGACAGUGAGGUCAUUCCCUGCCGCUCACUGACAGAACAGUCACUAUUUCAGCCUGACGUUCUGAAGGGGACCUUAUCAACGACUACUUGUCUUUAAAUCAUUGUACUUUAUCUUUACUGGUAACAACUAAGAUAAUGUAAUAUAACAAGAAAUAUUAGACGCUUUUACCUUGAGACCUUGCGUUUUUCUCACUUCUGUCCCCAGGACAUCUUAGCAUGCCUGUGUUCCCUGGGAUUCUCCCGUGCAGUGUUUAUCCAAUUUCA